AUGGAGACGAUCAUGGAUGACAUAAAGUCCACUAAGCCGGCAAUCAGUGGAGACACCAUCAGUUUCCUUUAUCGCCAAGCUCCAACUGCAUCCUCGCGUCUCUCUGUUUUUGACUUGAGGUCCUCAGUUGUCUUCUCGCUUAAUUUCACAAACAGAGCAGCCAUGUUUGAUAGAAGCAAUGGAGUGGCAGCGACCGGAGCAACGCCCGCCUCUUGGCCUUUAUCUCUGCCUCCCAAACCCAGUUCAUGUGCCACCUUCAUCCAGGCCGACGCUGCUUCCUUCAAGCAAGUAGUCCAGAUGCUCACUGGCUCCACCACCGGGCCGGCUUCGGCCAAGAACCCGGCCAUCCGACUCAGGAAGCCUACUUUCAAGCUCUACGAGCGCCGCGGCAGCCUCAAGAACCAAAAUUCUCCGUCUGUUUCGUGGAGGAACACGCCGGAGAUCCUCCAUCCGUCGUUGACUCUUAGCCCCGUCACGCCGCUGAUCGCCGAUCCUUUCGAGCGGUCGCCGCAGCCUGCAGGCGCUGAUUCGCCCGCAGGAGUGGCGGUAGCCGAGGGGGGGUUCUCCUUGCACCAUUCACCGGCGAAGGGGAAUCCACCACGGCUGCUCCCGCUGUUCCCGGUGACGUCGCCGCCGAGAGUGCCGUCUGCUUAAUUUGGAUCAUGAGAAUGGUUCGAUUGCAUGAUACCGCUUCACUAUUGCAACUUCCUUGCAAUUUGCAUCAUCUCCUCCUCUUCCUAUCCUGUUCCGCACAAUCAAUAAUAUCAGUAGAAAUUUUUGCUCAAAUGAAUUCGAAGAGUUCUUUCUUUCUUUCUUUCUUAUUCAA